UCACUAUUAAACUCUGCCCCUGGGGUUCUCCGGAUACUUCAAGUGAGUAUGAUUAUACUUAUACUGGUGCCUUAGUUUUAGUGUUUCAAACCGCGACUCUUGCGAAGGCCACGACGAUGUCAGAAGAAGUGAUAGUGGGAGGAGAAAGCAACGAUGUGACGGUCCAAGGUGAGCCCCCCCCAGCACAGAGCCGAGUAGCUAGCUUGAGAUCGAGGAAGUACGAGUGAGCUGAGCUGAGCUGUGCCGAGCUAGCUAGCUCGUGGUCGCGUUGUUUAGCACGGAUAGAGACUCGCCGUUUGUCUAUAUGUAUAUAGGUGUAGAGGACCCAGGAGAGCAAGCAGUGUUGCCAACUUAUGAUGAAGCACUCAACAUGACCAGGCUCUCCGGUCCUAGCACUUCAAUACAGCCACCAGUCCACCGUGCCUCCGGGACAGUCCGCUAUAGCCGAGGCACUACAGUACAGCCAGUCCAUUAUACUCCCGGCACCAUAGUAGGACACUACCAUGGUGGAAGGAGAGAGAGUGAAGAACGGGUGUACUUACAAAGCCUGACGUCGCCUGAGCCACCGAGCUACCCCUAUAAUGAUUCCCCACCCGUGAUGGAACAAGCAACACCCUCUUCCUCACCAGGUCAAAGACUCACAAAUACUCCGGGAUCUCGGGUACCACUGAAAGAGCCUGUCUGUUUCUGCUGCUACACUGGUAUGGGAGGUCUCAGAAUGCCGCCUAUCAUGAUUGCCGCGUGGAAAAUAGGAAUGAAACGCAUCAUGUCGACCGGCGACAUUGGAGGCUGGGCGAGGUAUAUUUUCUUGGCUGUUCAGAGUCUUCUGCUACUUGCCGGGAUCAUCAUCUCCUUUGCGACUCCUUUCGACAAUGAGAUUCGGAGAUAUUUGGGAAUCGGGUUUCUAGCGUUCGCACUCACUUUCAUUUUUGUGGAGCGUUUUAUUUUCUGGUGUGGUCAUGGCCUCAGCGAUCUCAGACGCGGCAGAUCAUGGAACCUUUUUGCCGAUGUUGUUCGACUUUUCACUACAGAGAUACUGAUCUAUGGCGCAUUAAUGACUACACUGUUAUCAGGUUUUGUUGGACUGAUUGGUCUGCUCUAUUUCCUGACAGCAGUUGUGAUGAAAAUGUUUAUCGUGAUCAAAUUUACAUGGUCGCUGCUCAAAUCAAGGGCAGCAAACUGUUCAAAUGCUGCCACUACUCAGAAAUGUCUUCUCUACGGACUAUGCAUUAAUACCGGCGCAUUGAUUCUUUUGCAAGCAGCGCUUGUGGUUUAUGUUGGAUCUUUACUUCUAACUGGCUUUUCUCAUGAAGGACUCCCACUUCCCUUCAUAAUUUUUUCUGGCUUGGUGUCCCCAUACUUGUGGGGACUUUAUUUCUUGAAUGUGUCUCCCUUUGCACGACUUUUCCCUCUCUCGAUGGCUCUCGACCUCCCUCCAACUCACAACUGCCCAGAUCCAAUUGACGUACAAACCCUCUUGCCACUGUUCGAAAGGAUGCAUAGUGACUCAAAGACUCUCAGUGGAUUCACGGUAAAUGUGGUCCGCCUAUGCACUAGUCCACUAUUUGUGCUGACACAACUUUUGUAUGUAGUCAUGUGGAGUUUUAUGGUAGCCUAUAUGGUUAGUGAUCAUAGCACCAGCCCAUUGUCUAGAUACCUUGCACUUGGUCUUCUGGUUCUCCUCAGUCUCCCUUCCCUUCUCUAUGGACUGUUUGUAGUUAUCCUCACACCAUUUUCAUUAUAUAUGUCACCUAUCCUCCUCAACUAUAAUGAAAUGCAGUACUGGAGUGUUUCUACUGUACUCUAAACACUGUUGCACUGUUUAUCAACAUGUUCUCUUCCGUAUGUUAUAUUAUAGUCAUGUGCCAUCGAUUAUAUGUAUAUACGCCA